GUUGGCAGCCUCGAUGGUUCCUUCUUUGUGGGGGAAUACUGUCCUAUUACGAUUCUCCUGAAGAUGCCUGGAAAGGUUGUAAAGGGAGCAUCCAGAUGGCAGUCUGUGAGAUUCAAGUUCAUUCUGUGGAUAACACUCGCAUGGACCUGAUAAUCCCUGGGGAACAGUAUUUCUACUUAAAAGCCAGAAGUGUGGCAGAGAGACAGCGAUGGCUGGUGGCCCUAGGGUCUGCUAAGGCCUGCCUGACAGAUAGUAGGACCCAGAAGGAAAAAGAAUUUGCAGAAAACACUGAAAACUUGAAAACCAAAAUGUCUGAACUAAGGCUGUACUGUGAUCUCCUUGUUCAGCAAGUAGAUAAAACAAAAGAAGUGGCCACAUCUGGUGUUGCUGACUCUGAGGAGGGAAUCGAUGUGGGAACUCUGCUGAAAUCCACCUGCAACACUUUCCUGAAGACCUUGGAGGAAUGCAUGCAGAUCGCAAACGCAGCCUUCACCUCUGAGCUGCUCUACCAUACACCCCCAGGAUCCCCUCAGCUAGCGGUGCUUAAGUCCAGCAAGAUGAAACAUCCUAUCAUACCAAUUCAUAAUUCAUUGGAAAGGCAGAUGGAGUUGAACAGUUGUGAAAAUGGAUCUUUAAAUAUGGAAGUAAAUGGUGAUGAAGAAAUCUUAGUGAAAACCAAGAGUUCCUUGUAUUUGAAAUCCACAGAAGUAGAUUGCAGCAUGUCAAGUGAGGAAAACACAGAUGAUAAUGGGACAGGUGAGAUACUGAAGGAAGAUGAAAAGGAAAACCUGGGGAAUCAUGACUGUGAGCUGGCACAACCUGGACCAGACUCAGUUUGCUCACCAGAAUCUGUCUGGAAAGACAACGAAGAGGUUAUCCCGACUUUCUUUAGUGCCAUGAGUGCCAGCUUUAGUGACAUUGAACUUCUGGAAGACAGUGGCAUUCCCACAGAAGCAUUCUUGGCAUCUUGUUAUGCGGUGGUUCCAGUACUAGACAAACUUGGUCCUACAGUGUUUGCACCUGUGAAAAUGGAUCUUGUUGGAAACAUCAAGAAGGUAAAUCAGAAGUACAUAACCAACAAGGAAGAGUUUACUACCCUCCAGAAGAUAGUGCUGCAUGAGGUGGAGGCUGAUGUAGCUCAGGUUAGGAACUCGGCCACCGAUGCCCUCUUGUGGCUGAAGAGAGGUCUCAAAUUUUUAAAAGGCUUUUUGACAGAAGUGAAAAAUGGGGAAAAAGAUAUCCAGACAGCACUGAAUAACGCAUACGGCAAAACAUUACGGCAACACCAUGGCUGGGUAGUUCGAGGGGUUUUUGCGUUGGCACUGAGGGCAGCACCAUCUUAUGAAGAUUUUGUGGCUGCACUAACCGUAAAAGAAGGUGACCACCAGAAAGAAGCUUUCAGCACUGGGAUGCAGAGGGACCUCAGUCUUUACCUCCCUGCUAUGGAAAAGCAGCUGGCCAUCCUGGACACUUUAUAUGAGAUCCACGGGCUGGAGUCUGAUGAGGUGGUGUGACAGCUACAGAACAGCACCUCCUACCUUCAGGGAAUAAAGUCUGCUAACGUGUUGAGUUGCCCUAGUUAAUUUCCAGCAGUUUUGAUGCUCUUCAACUCCUCUCUUUGGGGAGAUGGAUAGGAGGAAGUGAAACCUAGUAUUUUAUAGAAUUGUUUUAAUGAGAAUGUGUUUGAUGUGUUUAAAAAUCAAGGUGCUAAAUAUUUCAGUUCAACAGGCCUACUGGAAACCAAAUCAUAGCUAUCACAGACUUGAAUAGCAAAUAGUAAGAGCAAAAUUGACAAAUGAAUUUGUUGGGAUCACAUUUUGUAUUAUUGUUUCAGUUAUUAGUUUCAAUGGACCAUCCAAAUCUAAGAAGUAUGCAGGACUAUAAUACAAAGCCACUGUUUAAAAUAGCUUAGACAUUGACUGAGCAUUGGUGGGAGUAAAAGCCCCUUUGUUGGAAAGGACUUGCCAUGUAAUAGUUUGUUAUUCCUAGACUGUCCUGAGUGGGUGCCUUCUCUGUGACUCUGCUGAUGAGAAGGGCUGUGUACUAAAGACACAGCCCUUGUGUUGUGGGAAAACACUAACAAGGACUGCCUCGCCUGUUGUCAGGUGGGACAGUGGCUCAAAGGAGAUGACUCCCCCUCCCCCGUGCUUGAGAACAGAAUAGAAAGUUGGGGUAACUUGUUUGUGUAACACACGCCACUCUUUGCCAAUACCAUUCCUGCAUUUUAUGUGAAUUGGACAUCAUAACAACAGUGACACUAAAGAGGAUUUCUAUCAUACUUCAGUAGUAAAGUUUAUAAUAGGAAGGUCUGCUCACAUUCAUGAAGUAUCUUGUUUCUCUUGGUUUUAUUUUUAUUUAUUUAUAUAUAAUUUUUUUUUUUUUUGCCUAGCUUCAUGAACUCUCUUCAGCAAAAGAGCCAAGUAGCUUUCAAAUGUGAUCUAGAUAAGGCCUAGCCCUUAAGUGGAGAACCCACAUCUGGAGGUGAAGCAGGAAUUUGCUGGCUGAUAACCUUCCCAGGCAAUACUCUAGUACACAAAGUUGAAGAGCUACCCAGUUGAAUUCUAGUUUUCAGAAUUCCAACUCUCUGCAAGAACCAAAUGAUAUAUCCCUUAACCCCCAGAAGGAAGGGGGCCAUCAUUCAAGUAAAAUAAUUAAAUGAAGAGCAAGUAGGCCAGCAGCUUGUGUAACAUUGCUGUGGCAUUUCUAUAAAAAGUGACAAGGUGCCCUUGUCUCCCAGCAAUGGGCCGAGCUGCCUAGAGUGUGCACAGGGGAGAAGCCAUGAGUGCCUUCCCCAGGAGAGCUACUUCCUCCUAGUAAAAAGGCCGUUCCAGCAUAAGCAGUCCCCAGAGGAAGUGAGCCCUUUGCCAGGUCCAGGUGAGGGGAGCUGCUUUUGCUGCAGCACAUACUAGGGCUCUGAAGAGAACUCUGUCCAGGGAAAGGCGCUGGGUUUUUUCUUCUGUCUGUCUGUAGCAAGUGGACAUUAACUCAGAUUAAUGAAGCAGAGAGCUGGCCACAGUGGUGCAUGUAAUCCCAGCUGCUCAGGGCUAUGAGGUGGACAGAUCACGUGAUCCCAGGGUUUGGAGGGUAACCUGGGCAACAUAGCAAAACCUUGCCUCUUAAAAAUAUUUUUAAUAAAAAAAUUUAAGUGAAGCAAGCAUUUUGCCCACAUGAGAAGUUCUAGAAGUAAACAGGACCAGGAGGAAGGGGCUGAAAUUACUGACAGUGUGCUACUUUGCACCCACAAGACCCUCAUAUGGUUCCUUUUCCCUGGCAAAUGGAAAUCUAAGGGAGGGGCUCAGAUUUAGACCUCCCACCCAUGGCAUAACACUUAAGACCAGAAAGAGAAGAGGUAGCUAAUCUACUUCUCCCUGAGAGUGUGUGAGCCAUCUGUGGACUGUGCUACCAGGAAAAUGAUGCUAAGCAGCCCCGGUUGCCUCUAUAGUUACCAGAGCCCAGAGGUGGGGCACUCUGAAGACACCCUGGUCUUCAUUGAGCCUAUAAGUGCACACAAAAGAAAGCUGCUUGAGGGCAGUCUGAGUGUGUAGGUCCAUUCCACCUGGAUUGGUAGUUGUUGGCUGUUUCUCCUUUUAGUUACAGUCAGAUUUUUAUUUUCUGAUUACUGUUUUUAUUUCUGUUACUUUCUAAGAAAGCAGUAAUAACAAAAGAUCCUGAAAGUGCUCCAGGGAGCCCUUCCAAGAGCUCUGGAGUCCCUAAGCCACCCUCCCCCAGCAAGUGAAGAACCGGUGUGUGUGUUAACAGAGUGCUCACCUUGUCUCCAAUGCCAACAACAGUUUUGGAUUAUUUUCCUAGCAUAAAUGUAAGGGAGAAGCUGGAGAAUAUGGAAGUGUGUCUCCCUCGACUCUAGCAGAAUUGAUUAAGUAGCAUUGGCUGACCCCUUAAGGAGCACUGCCCCGCCACCACGCCCUCAGUCUGCUCUUCACCCCGAGCCCAUGAAGCUCAGCUCCACACUGGGUGGCAUCAGUGUGUGUAUUAAACUGAAAAAAAAGGCUUUUCAAUUGUGACAAGCCUUUUGUCUUUUGAAAACAAAUCUGAUUAUAACUAAAACCUACUGAAAGAUACUUAGAGGUGUGACCCCAUUGAGGGUGGAAACCAGCUUGUUAACAGAGGCAGAGGUGAUUCCCAUGGCAGCUCUUGACAUAGUCUAGAAGGGAGCUGGAAGGGUGCUCUGGGUAUGUAGUGGCUUGUUACUAUGUACAAGUCAUUGUGAGCAUGGCAUUGUCACUUUCAUGACACUUCCCGUAACAGGGAGCAUCACCUGUACCCCCUGUUUCAGCCAUGAGGCUUUUUUUCUUCUCUGCUACCGAGCCUUGCUACCAGUGAACUGCCCCCUCCGCCAUCAGCUUGCUACAGUGAUUCCUCUCUUAGCUCUUUGUUUCCCCUUCUUCAGCAGCAGCCCACCUGGUCCAGGAUCUGUUACCUACCUACCCGAACUGCUAGAGCCUAGGGCAGAAGCCAUGUUCACAUUUAUAGCUGUUAGGUGGGGGAAGGUGACAGUGGGAGAGCUGAGUGCCGGCCAUUGGGAAGUCCAUCCUCUGCCUUUGAUUAGUCCAUAUACUGUGUUAGUGUGUUCAGCUUUCUACUUGCUGAAUAGUAGUUUUAGGUAAGCAGUGUAUGGUGGGAUUGGUAAAUUCAAUGCACUUUGUUAAAUUUGGAAGCAAGAAGUGCUGAAGAAUUUUUCUUAAAGAAAACUAGUCCCAUUGUAAAGGUCACAUAUAUGGAGAGCUUUCAGAUAAAGCAACAGAGAAAUGAGAGGAUUUGGAGCAAUACAAGAUAUAAGAUAUUUUGGAGACUUUCUGAAGAACAGGUUUUGGUGAAUUUCCUACUAAACCACUAUAUCCUAGGGGGACGGGAUCCUGUCAUGUUGUUUCUGAAUCAUUGAUUCAAACCACUGCUUCUGAUUUAGUCACAGGUUUACAGCAGUUCACAUCUCUACCCUCAUGUUUCAUUUCACUAGCACACAUUUUUAGAGUUGCAGGUUUCUAGAUGUAGAGUUUCUAAGUAACUGCAAUAGGUGUUGAGCUAUACCUCAGUUCAGCAAUCUAAUGUGUUUGGCCAUAGAGAGCCAGCUGGACCUGAGAUGCUCUGUGACACUGCACAGUAUACUUGCACAAGACCCCAGAAGUCCACAUGAAGGCUGUAUUGAGACGUGUUCUACUUCUGUGUGACCCUUUGUAAUCUGCAAUUGCUUACUCGGGUUUCACAGGAACAGCAUGAGUAUCCGAUAGCUGUCUGAUGGUAUUGGAAGACUUAUAACAAGCUUAUAGAUGUGUAAUGUUAGCUGAGAGUCCUUCCACUUGCCCUUCCCCAUCAAUGUUCCAGUCCAACCCCAUCUAGACCAUCCUGCAGACCAUUUGCAUGGUUUCUUGCUACACAGCUGUCUUCAAGAAAUCUAGGUACAGGCAGCAUGCAUUGAUCUCUCUUCUCCAUUGUCUAUAUAUAGCCUUUACUGGAAAGGAACAAAUGCCACUAUUCUGCAAUGCAAGGUUUUCAGAAUUCUUGUAAAUUGUAAAUCCCUGAGUCACUUUUCAGAGUGAUCAGUGUUUCUAGCCAAGCUGGGGGAAGGGGACAUAAUAUCCUGCUUGAUUUAAAUGUCUUGUGUAUUUCAAGUGUGGUCAGUGUCCUCCUCACCUUACCUUAUGCACACCCCUGGGCAGGGUGAUCCCCUCACCCUGUGGUGGAUGGUUCCAUCAACCUAGCAUGGUGACCUCAUUGCACAGCUGAUCUCAUCCGCACAGAACCCCAUGUAUGUGUCCACAGGUGUGGGUGGAGUCAGUGAAGAGCAAGGUGAGCUAGAUGGCAGAUGAGCCAGCUUCAUGACACGGGUAAUGUGUGAUUCCCAUGUGUCAUGAGAUUUCACUAGAAUGUCAUUCGGCAGCCCAACUACCUCAUGUGAAAUUGGCUGUGGACAAUCUGUGUUAGGUGAGAAAUGUGUUCAGAGAAAUUUAUUCUGGUUAAUAAAUUGAACAGUGUGGUGUCUCUAUGAAGAACAAACAUGUCACACCAGACGCCAAAGGCUCAACUAUACAUAGAUUCUCUUGGAUUCCUUUCUACAUUAAUGUUUAGUUCUGCAGUCGUACCCUCAUGAAUGUCUGUAGUUUUGCAGAGCCACAUGCUGAGUGUCUGUCACAGAACCCUGUGUCACCUCUUCUUGUCUCUCAGUAUUUUGGAUGAACAUCAUAAUGCUGAUAGGAAACAAGUUAAACUCCAAAAGCAUCAGACAACCGUGGCUGCUUAGUGUAAUGGGCCUUUAUUUAGAAAUGUAUUGGAGCCUUUUAGGGCCAAUUGUUGAGUGAAAAUUUUGUGUGCAAAUGUGUCUGCUUCUCUGUCCAAGUUGUUAUUCUGUAUUUCAUGGGAAGUGGGGCAGGGGAGGGUUUUACUUCCUUUGGAGAAUGUUUGAAAACAUCUGUCAGAUUUUUAUAUUCAUUAGUUACAAUAAACAUAUUUUUAGAGUAUUUCA